UUCUAAGGGAAAAAUCUGUUAAUAUGCGAGGACGCAAAAUAUUAACUACCAUACCUGAAAGCACAGUUUUAAGCUUCAAAUGCAUAGCUGAACUAAUAAAAUUCAUAUUUAGCGAUGAUCUAAGUCAUGCGACAGCACUUUUAAGGACAGAUACAGAAUUUAUGAAAUAUAUAAUUGCCGUGGCAUAUAAUACAAUAUCUCAAUGUUCAUCUUUUGACCCAGAUGAUCAUUCAAAAUUUGAGUAUUGUACAUACUUGGCUCGCGUUUUUAUGAGAAAAUUUAUUAAAGACGAUAAAUAUUCAAAUACAUUUCAAAGUGAUGAUUCAAGAAAAGAUAAGGAAAAGUCAAGUCUUUCCAUUGCCUUAGAAAGUUUUAUGCUCUUAAUCCAAAUUGUGACAACAAGCUGGCCAGAUAAAUUAAAAGACUUCUUAGAUUUAUCUUAUCAAUCUGAGGAAUUAAGUGAAAAACAUCCCGAUGAUUUGGAUGGUUGGCUGAAUUUGUACAUUCAAGAAUUUGAGCACCUUAUAAUUUCGUCGUUAAGUGAACGUACACCACAAAUUAAUGAGGCAUCAUGGUUAUGUAGAACGAUAUCACUAUUGUCAACAUAUUAUGUGAAUAAGACAAAUGAUACCGAUUCUGAGUCCCAAGGACACAUUGAACAAUUGAUCGAAUGGCUUAGAAAACUCUGUAAAGAAUGCGCAGUUGAGGAUACUGGACUCUCUAAAAUUAUCGUUAACCUUUUACUUAAAUUAGAACGGGAUAUGGCGGAUUUUGAUACUGUUGUGGAAAUGGCGCAUGAUAUGUUUGUUGUUUUAGGUCCUAUUACUGGUCGACCCGAACAAACCGAAAUACAAUCGCAUAAAUACAUGAUCGUAAACGCUCGGACAAGUGCCACAGUUUGUAGCAUUUUGUUAGAGUUUUUAAAUGCAAUAUAUGAUGAAAUGGAAUGGUAUUUAACUAAGUUAAGAGCACUAUGUGGCACCAGUAAUAGCGAUUCCGAUGAAACGCCCGAAUUAGAUGAAGUAGAGCAAGAAAUUUGUUCAAGAUUGAUAAAACUUAUGAAUUCUUUAUUACACCUCGAGAAAACAUCGCUUCAAUCUACCACUUCGGAAAAUUUGCUCAAAUGUUUACAAAGAGCUUAUAAAGUCCUGGUGGCAUUAACUCGAUAUAAAAUUGCUGAAGCAGGCGAAAUUCAAGAUCAAUUUAUUGAUGUAAUUAAAUUAGCUGGAGGCGAUUUGACGAAUAAUUUAUAUAACUUUCUUACAGCAUUCGGUCAAGCUAGAAUAACUAAGGAAUCUAAGAUAAUACCAGCAUUGAUAUUUAUUUUGGAGCAAUUUGAGCGUUAUACUAUGCAAUUGUCAAAGAAAUCUAAGACCGAUUUAAUGCAUUACAUCACAACGACCACAUCGCGAGAUUUCAAAAUAAAAAUUGAAGAAUUGGACAAUGAUGUUGAUAAUCAACCCAAGAGAGUAACAAAAAGGUCCACUACUUCGAAUGAGCAUGAUGAUGACGAUCCUGAAGAAGGUGGAUCAGAAGAUCACCGAAGGAAACGUCAUUGCUCAGAUUCGCCAAUGGAAAUUGACUGA